GUCCCAUUCCUCGCUGAUGCGGGCUGUAGCGACUUUCCCCCUCUGUGUGAACAGCCUAUAAACCUUUUUUUUAUUUGCAAUAGUGAACAUUCUUUUAACCCUAUGUGAAAAGUAAAAUAGAUAAGUAAAUAAUUAACUGUUUUAUAUGAAUUUUAAAGAGCAAAUAAUUCUAAGUACCGAAAGUUACGAACGUCGUAGUAUAUGGUUAGACACCAAUUUCAUAAAUUCUUUUGUAUACUUACUAAUACCCGAAAGCAUGUUAUAAAUCUUACAAAAAUAUUAACACAAGCCUGAAGUAAUAAAAAGGAUGUUGGGUUCCUAAGUUUUUCUCGCCGUCCUGGAUUUCUAAUUUUAUGUCGGUUGUAAACUUAACUGCGUAAUCGUGACCCGUGGCAACCCGUUACCUCGAUUUAAAUUAAAUAAGAGGACGGGAAAGAAAAGCCAACAGGAGUCAAACCAGCCGAUGUCCUUAACUGGCAACUAUUACCAGGGAUAGGCACGGCCACCAGCUUAGGUCGAUGGAUCCUCCUGGCGACGAAAAUGACGAUGUCUGGUCCACGGACAUAGAGGGUGCUGCUGAGUUGCCGCGGAUAUCGCUGGUUGGGGGUUUACCAAGAACGCCGGUACGCGGUAGUGCGGUGGAUCGGAUUAAUCAUCAACCGGCGGAUCUGGUACACCAUCGGUGGCCCAGGGUCCUUGACUUCAAGGCGAUCAUCGAGCAACAGGAGCAACUUCUGGUUUCGGAGCAGAAGGACUCUUCUGAACCUGGAACUGGAUACAGCGGUGGAGUCGGCGAUGAACGCAGCUUUGGCACAAGCGGCCCAAACCUAUCGCGCAUCUCAAGUGUUGGUAGUUAGCCAGGCGUUGAGGAAGGAGAUAAGAACGGCUUCAUGGACAUGACGAAGUUGCUGAACGACGUCCUUAGGACAGCCGUGAGCAGUCCGCAGCCGCUCCAGAAGAGCGCAGGUAGCCAAGCAUCGAUGGUGCCCACUUCGUCGCGUCCAGAAGUCGGCGCAAAUGGCCCAGCGGAAAUGCAUCAGCGGCAGGAGACAGGAGGAUGCUAUCGAAGGCUGCCGGAAUUGCCGCCCAUGCAGCGACCUCGACCGCCGGUAAAUGACUCUCCGGGGAUCGACAGCAGCCUGAGCCAGGAACCGGAGUACCAUCCGACAGGCAGAAGUGAUCCCCACGCACGGCCGUGGCGCAUCGAGGACCGAAGAACGGCGGAUUUCCGGGACGAGCCGCGGUUGUACACCAUCGCGGGAGCCGGCAACCUCUCUAGAACCUCUCCUUCGGCAGCGAGGACGAUGGCCAUUCCGUGUUCCGUCUAGAGUUCCUGCAUCGGCAGCAUCAGUGCCCGUGGAAUUAAGUUCUGCGGAACUUCCACGUACUCCUAUCGGGCAGAACGAAGAAGUGGUAUUGGGUACACGUACGCCAAUUUAGAGUGAACACUUGGGCCCAGCUGCGCAGGGCUCUGAUGGAUCGGCACUGUGGUCACCAGGCGGAACACAAAAGGAUGCAUAAGUUGCUACAGCGUGAGCAACAGCCGGGAGAGAGCGCGGAUGACUACAUCCAUUCCAUACAGCAACUCGCCUCACGCCUGAAAAAACCAAUGAUAGAGCGACAGUUGGUGAAGGUGGUGAAAAAGGGUUUGAGGAACAAAAUAUCUAGGUUCGUUUACGCAAUGGUUGUACUAACGGUGGACGAACUUCGGGAGGAGUGCGUCGAAGUGGAGAGGAGUUUCGGUCGUCGAGCUCCGUGGACGUGUCCGAAAACCAUUCAGGCCAGGUUGCUGGAAUUGCCGGGCUGCGGAGCACGGAUUCCAGGAUUGCGAGCAGACCGGGCGUGAUUUAUCCGAAAUGUCCCGAUUGCGCGGAAAACGGUCGGCUGGGCAGUCCGAAAGCGGCAAAAGCUGUCGAGAGCUCGUGGAAACGCUGGGAGUUACCGACCAACCGUAUUUUUCCGUAGUCCUGACGGCUUCUGGCGAGGAUCGAUCCAUUAUCGGACGCUUGGAGCUGCCUGUGAAGUACUAAGGCGUAAGUAAGCCGGUGAUGUUCUUCCUUUGCCCAUACCUGGAACAAACUGAUUACUUCGGAGUCGACUUCUGGCGCACGUUCGGACUAACUCCAGCCGUCGUAGGGAAGGCGGUGGCGAGAGGCGUCAAGGCAGCUGAAGGAAUCCAUGCCUGCCAGAUGGAGCACUACGCCGAGCAGGAAGAUGAGGACGAGGUAAGGGGCACAACAGUAUUGUCGAAGCCAGGGAAAGACAGGUUCUGUCUGGAUGUCCGGAAGUUGAACGCAUUGACCAUUAAGGAUGCCAUAGCCUAUAGUCUGAAAGCAGCCGUAUUGACCAUAGGGUUAAAGAAGUCGAAGUUUUGCUUCAAAUCGUUGACUUACCUAGGGUUUAUAGUCGAAGGUGGACUGCUGCGGAUGGAUCCUGGACGUGUUUCGGCAAUUCAGAAGAUGCCUUUCCUAAAAUCAGUGAAUGAAGUACGAGCCUUCCUCGGCACAGCGGGAUGGUAUCGACGGUUCGGCAAGAAAUUCGCUACGCUAGCCGCACCACUCUCCAAGUCCUUGAAGAAGGCUAGAAACACAAAGUUUUCCUUAAGUCCCAGCGCCACACAGGCAGUAGAUGACCUGAAGCUGGCCUUGACGAGCGCGCCGGUCCUGGUUCAUGCGCAUUUCAAGAAACAUUUCUACAUUCAGUGCAACGCAUCCCAAGCUAGCGUCAGCGCGGUAUUGUUUCAGCGGAACCAGGACAGAGACGAGCAGCCUAUCGCGUUCUUCUCGGCCAAGAUGAACAAACACCAGGGGAAUUACUCGGUCACGGAAAAGGAGUGCCUGGCGGCCAUCCUAGCCAUUUGGAAGUUCAGACCGUAUGUGGAAGGGAUGCCAUUCACACGCAUUACUGAUCACGCCAGUCUAAAGUGGUUGAUGACAAUGAAGGAUCUGUCCGGACGACUCGCACGGUGGUCUCUCCAGCUGCAGGGCUACGAUUUCAGCAUUGAACAUGGCAAAGGCAACGAGAACGUAGUCCCCGACACUCUAUCCCGCAUUAUCGAGGAAGUCCGGAUAGAUCCAACGGAGUUACUGGCAUUCGAGACGUACGAAUUUGAUGCGGAGGAUUACACGGAAUUAGUGCAAGACGUGGAGUCCAACAGGGAGCACUUACCAGACCUCAAGGUGGUCGGCGGACUAAUCUUCAAGCGCAAAGGAUCAGAAUGGAAGCUGUGGAUCCCGCAAAGCCUAACGCACAGCUUGAUAGAGCGUGCUCAUUCGUUCCCCAAGGCUGACCAUGGUGGGAUGUCGAAGACCUUGGCUGUGACGCCAAUUCUAUUGGCCAGGAAUGACUAUCCAGGUGCAUGAAUUCGUCCGGCUUGCGAGGUGUGCAAGGAGUCCAAAGCGCCAAACUUCAGGAUGCAUGUCGGAAUCGGAAAAAGGGUAGGGACGGAAAGGCCAUUCCAGAAACUCUUCAUUGAUUUUCUGGGCAAGUAUCCGAGGUCCAAGAGUGGACACGCCUGGAUAUUCAUCGUGGUGGACCACUUCUCGAAGUACACCUUCUUAAAGGCGAUGAAGGAGGCGACGGCCCCGAACGUAGUGAAUUUCCUGGUUAACGAGGUAUUUUACAAGUUCGGGGCGUAUGAAAACUCCAGUAUAUUCACCACAGAGCAUUGCCACGGAGAGGGUAAACAUUAAUGUCUUGGCCGCAAUUCGAAGCUUCUUGGACGAAGAUCACCGAGAAUGGAAUGCAAAUCUGCCGGAGAUUGAGGUGGCCAUCCAAAACACUAUCCACUCAGCCACAAAACAAGCGCCGCUGUUAGCCGUCAUCACAUGUUUCUCAACGGUUCCAGCUACAAGCUAGCCAGACGACUUAGGUCCCUGGUCGACCAUGAAAUGGCCGGAAUGCAGACCAAGGACAAGCUUCGGGUUAUUUACGCCAGCGUGCAGAAGCAACUGGAGGGGGCAUACGAGACGAGCCGGCAACGUUAUGAUAAGCGAGCCCGUACGUUGCUCGCCAAGCCAGGCCAAGAAGUCUUCCGCCGCAACUUCGUGCUGAGUGAUAUCAGCAAAUCUUUGCUCUCAAGUUCUUAAAAGCCAGGGUGGUCAAAUCCGUCGGCAGCAAUGCAUACUUCCUAGAGGACCUCUAGGGCCGCAGUAAGGAAUUGUAUCACGCCAAGGACAUCCGGUUGUGAUCUGAAAGAAGGACAAACAAAGUAUACGAGCAUCGCGAACACAUCUGCUAUACCUCCCGUCAUGCGAGGGCCCCGCGUUAGCCGCCGAUUGAACUGCAGGAUGGUAUCAGUGCCGUGUUGAGUCCCAUCGUAUCUCCAAAGCUACCAAUUAUUUCGUCGCUCUUCUGAAACUCCGGGUAGCACCUUUCGAAAUCUUUGGUCGAUGUUGCAAUUGGAGUCGAUAAUGGGAGGGACUCUGUCGAUAGGUGAGGUCGACAGGGCGAUAGCUGCAGCAGCGGGAUGAAACUGGCGGGCGAUCUGGCCAUUUGAGGAUUAAUUCCGGUUCGCUCUGAGAAUACCUUAAAUGGCACUCAUGUGUUCAAUGACCCAAUUUUGGGAGAGGCUCUGUAAAAUGGCGGGGGAGGAACGAUCAUGAUCAGCAGAUAUUAAUAUAGUCGCAGCCAUAUUGUCCAACCAAGCAGAUGCAGCUGGAAGUUCUAAGAUACAUUUUGUGUGCUGAAAACUAAAUUAAAGUGAGUGAUAGGAAAGUUAGCAAGUUAGUUCGUUAUUUAUUAAUUAAAUUUUUUUAAAAAGGCGGCCGGGGCACCAACACAAAGGGCCCCGGGACAUUUAAUUGGGAGUUCCACGGACUUCUGCGCGACUUCGCCAUAAAUACCAGCCACGAUUUGGGCUGCCAGCAACCGGUGUCCGUUCGACCCGCACAGAGGACCAGCCAUAAUCGCCUAUCACAGUCGACGCUGACGACAUUCAGCAUUUCCCGGUGAGUCCGUUCCGGAUUACAGCGUCCAACUCGUCUCGGGAACUUCCAGCAGUCGCAUCGCGGCGUUGAGAAGUACCGCCAUUUUGUCUGGCAGCCGAACCUCGGACUGCCCUUGCGCAACUCACGAUAGUGCGAAAGUUUUCCUUUGUGGAGACCCGCAUUGGCCUCCGGCGAGAAGUCCUCAGCCAGGGCUAUAAUCGCCCUCCAGGCCCGGCCCAAGCGAACGGGCGAAAGCGAACGGUUAUACACAAAAAAAACAAAUUAAAACAGAAAAUUUACAUCCAGUUCUUAUUAGUUCUACGCUGCUACCGUAUGUUGACCGCGAAGUCAAUUAUGGGGUCACGUUCAACAGUACCUAAAUGUGGACCGACCACAUACAUAGAGCAGUAGGGAAAACAUACGGGCUUUUGAGACAACUCGACGUCUUUCAGUUAUAUCUUCCCCUCGAAGUUAGAUCCCUAUUUGCGAAAACUUAUCUGACCCCAUCCCUAAUGCAUGGUAUUGAAGAUCUUGGUUGCUGUGAUGGAGUUAGCUUUAGGAAAAUGAUUGUCGCAUUUAAUAAUAUUGCGAGAUAUUAAAAAAACCGCGUGACCAUAUCUCGGUCUUUACCAAUCAAAAUUACAGACUAGACUUCAAAUCUUUAAUUGAUCUAACGAGUUUGACAUUGAUUCAUAGAAUAAUACACACUAAGGAUCCUUCGCACCUUUUUUCCGAGUAAAACUUUAGUGUUUCCCGAAGGAUAAAUAAUUUAAUUUUUUUGUUAACUCUGCUCGUCUUUGGAACCAGCUCCCACACAAUCUAAAAACAAUAAAUUUAAAAAAAUAAAUCUUGCCUAACCAGACACCUUAAAGAAAAAUCUAUCUGAGUUAAGAGUAUAAUAAAUUUAAUAGCUCAAUUUCUGUUUUUAAAUUAAAAUCAGGCACAAAUUUAUUUUAAUUUUUGAUGGUGUUAAUGUUAUUUAAUUGAUUAAUUUGUGAAAUUAUAUUUAGAAUAAGCUUUUUUAGAAACUAUUAUAAACUAUUGUCAACACAACGUGACGAGCACAUUAAAUUACGAGUAUUUUUUUGUAGUGCUAGGUUGCAAAAUAGUAGAGAGAAAUAUAGUAAGAGUCGAACCUUGCUGAAAUAAACUUCGGCUGCGCAAGAACCCCAGGAAUCUGCAUUCCAAAUUCUCCGCGCUCAUACGGACGGACAGACAGAAGGACAUGGCUAGGACGACUGGGUUAGUGAUCCUGUGAAGGGCAUAGUGACAAACGAUUCGUUUUUUUAAUAUAAUUUUUCCAAAAAUUAAUAUAAUAAUAUAAGAUAGUGACAUAUCCAUAGCUCCACAUAACUCUAUGCACAUGUUGAUACACC